AUGAGCAGCGCCUCUGCCGGGUCCGCUCCACGUUUGCGCCUCACACGCAGCACCGCUGCCUGAGCCUCCAUGUCUCGCCAGGUCCCCGCUCUGUUCACCGCCUCACAUCACCGACAGAUAGUUGUUGUGACAGGGGCGCAGCCAUCUUGUGUGUGGCAUGCGUGUUUCCGGCGCCGUGCAUUGUGGGAAGAUGGCCGCCUCCAGAAGAUUACUAACGCUGUGCCAGUGAUGUGAACUUACUCCCGUAUUGACUUCCAGCCUUUACACAUUUCAUAAUUAUGAAGGUUUUCUGUGGACGGGUUAACCCCACAACAGGGGCGGUGGACUGGGUGGAGGAGGAUGAGAAUUAUGAUUAUCACCAAGAGAUUGCCCGAUCAUCAUAUGCUGACAUGUUACAUGACAAGGACCGCAAUGAGAAGUAUUACCAGGGUAUCUGUGCAGCUGUGAAGAGGGUCAAACAAAGAGGGGACGAGGCCAUUGUUUUAGACAUUGGAACAGGGACUGGGCUCCUGUCUAUGAUGGCUGUCACAGCUGGAGCAGACUAUUGCUAUGCCAUUGAGGUUUUCAAGCCAAUGGCAGAUGCAGCAGUAAGAAUAGUGCAGGCCAAUAGCUUCAGCGACAAGAUCAAAGUAAUUAACAAGCAUUCAACUGAGGUGACAGUGGGACCAGAAGGAGACAUGAUGCAACGCGCCAAUAUACUAAUCACAGAACUUUUUGAUACCGAGCUUAUUGGAGAGGGAGCUCUUCCUAGUUAUGAACAUGCUCAGCAUAAUCUCAUGCAGACGCAGUGGGAGGCGGUUCCUCACAGGGCCACUGUUUAUGCCCAGUUGGUGGAGUCUCGCAGGCUCUGGAGUUGGAAUAAGCUAUUCCCAUUACAGUUGGACUCCAGCACCAUCCAGCCACCACCUGAAAUGCAGAGCUGCCCUGGGGCCCCCUCAGUUUGUGAUGUCCAGCUGAGCCAGCUAAACCCAGGUGACUUCAAAUCACUCAGUGACGUCAUGGUCAUCUUCAGAGUUGAUUUCAGCCAGCAGGUCAGCAGUUCUGCAGCCUCUCAUCCUGUCAGCUUUACAUCUAUCACUAGUGGAGCAGCCCAAGUGGUCCUGUCAUGGUGGGAUAUUGACAUGGAUCCUGAAGGGACGAUUAAUUGCAGCAUGAAGCCGAGCUGGCUGUAUUCCUCCCUUCAUCCUGUCCCUUGGAGAGACCACUGGAUGCAGUGUGUGUACUUCUUACCGGAGGAGAAGAAGGUUGCGCAGGGGGAGGAGCUUUGUCUCACUGCUCACCAGGACGAUUACUGCAUAUGGUACAGCCUUACAAAGCCUAGUGCAGAGGAGGGCAGGCCGGCCUUCUUGCAGCAUCCUGCUUGUCGCUGUGGCGCUCACAUCAAUUGGAACCGUCCACGGUUUGGGGAGCUGAAUGAUCAGAGCAGAAUGGGGAAGUACAAAAAAGCCCUGAAGAAGAUCCUGACGCCAAGUUCGGUCUGUCUGUGUGUGAGUGAUGGAAGUUUAGUCCCCCUGCUGGCUCAUUCUGUAGGAGCAGCUCAGGUAUACACAGUGGAGUCUUCGUCUAUGUCUCAGCAUCUCAUGGAGAAGCUUUUCCAAACCAACAACCUUAAAGAGGCCAUUCAUAUCAUACAGAAGUCUCCAGACAAAAUCACCACAGCUGACCUCGGGGACAAUAAGGUCUCUGCCCUGAUAGGGGAGCCGUUCUUCACCACCAGCCUCCUCCCCUGGCACAACUUGUACUUCUGGUAUUCUCGUUCUGCACUCUCUGACAAUAUGACCACGGACUGUGCUGUGCUCCCUAUGUCUGCUACCCUUUAUAUGUUGGCGGUGGAAUUUAGGGACCUGUGGCGGAUCCGCAGUCCAUGUGGAACCUGUGAGGGGUUUGAUGUCAGAAUUAUGGAUGAAAUGAUUAAGAAAUCUCUAGAUUUUCGUGAGUCCCAUGAGGCAGAGCCCCACCCUCUUUGGGAAUAUCCCUGCAGAGCCCUAUCUGAUCCCACAAAGGUUAUGACCUUUGACUUCCGAGAAACUGUCCCUACAGAUGACAUGAAGGCCGAGGGUUCUAUGAACCUUGUGAGGUCUGGUAGGUGUCACGGAGUGGUGCUCUGGAUGGAAUACAAGCUCACUGAGGAUAUUUCUGUUAGCACCGGCCUGUUGCGGGUAGACGAUGAGACGGGUAACAUCCCCAAGACCCUCCCAGAGAAGUCAGGGGGGACUGCCAGUGGUAUGAACACAGCAAGCAAGGCAUAUACUUCUUCAGUUCUCUCCUGGACCUGGGAUUUGCUCCUAGUCACAGUUCAGUUACUUAUCAGCUGACUUUUCAUCCGCAGUUGGGAGACCUACGCAUGAGUUUCACUCCUAACUCUUAGCUUUCAACCACAGUAUUGCUUCUUAAGAAGUUGAAUGUCACAUUCUUCAUCAAUCUUCAUUUCUACAUGUGACGUCAGAGAAGUCUGUGUCUCUUCAUAGAACAGCAUGGUGAUGGAGGUAACCAUGGGGGUCAUUCCGAGUUGAUCGCUAGCUGAAUUUGUUCGCAGCGAUCAGGCUAAAAAACGGCAGUUCUGCGCAUGCAUAUGCGGCGCAAUGCCCACGCGCGACGUACGGACACAACGAACGAUGUCGUUUUGCACAGGGUCUAGCGAUGCAUUUCAGUCGCACUGCUUGCCGCAGAGUGAUUGACAUGAAGUAGGUGUUUCUGGGUGGCAACUGACCGUUUUCAGGGAGUGUGCGGGAAAAAUGCAGGCGUGCCAGGAAAAACGCAGGCGUGGCUGGGCGGGUUUGUGACGUCAAAUCCGGAGCUGAACAGUCUGAAGUGAUCGCAAGCGCUGAGUAGGUUUUGAGCUACUCUGAAACUACACGAAAAAAAAAUUGCAGGCGCUCUGCGAUACAACCGUUCACACUUCUGCUAAGCUAAAAUACAUUCCCAGUGGGCGGCGGCAUAGCGUUUGCACGGCUGCUAAAACUAGCUAGCGAGCAAUCAACUCGGAAUGACCCCCUAUCUAUACAGCUUCUAAACAUAUAGCCUAAAGUAAUACACAGAAUACCUUUGGAUUGAAGCCUAUCACUGUUACUUCCACUCACUGCCACAGAUCAGAUGCAGGAACGUGUUCAGUCUUGUUUUCUUUAUUGUCACAUUUGUCUCCAUUUUCUUUCAUCCUGUGUUUUAAACAGUAAAAUUACAUUUGACUGACAGUCUGUACUGAAAUGGAAACUUGGCAUAAAUUACUAGUUACUGUACAUCUUAA